AAAUUCCAUCCACGCCGAUACAGGAAUUAAAACGCGCGAACGGGCGAUCGUCUGCGACGGCGAGCAACAUCUGAGUUUCCAUGGCGACCUCGUCGGAGAAGCAAGUGAUGAUGGUGGCUAUCGACGAGAGUGAGCACAGUGCCUAUGCUCUCAAAUGGGCUCUCGAUCACUUCUUCACUUCCACCCCUAAUCCUCUCUUCAAGCUCAUUCUUGUUCAUGCUAGACCUUCUGCGAUCUCCACUCUCGGCCUCGCCGGCCCUGGAGCUAAUAACGUUUUGCCCAUUGUUGAUGCGGAUUUGAAAAGAACGGCUACAAAAGUUGUUGAAAAGGCCAAAGAGCUUUGCAUCAGGAAAUCGGUAAAUGAUGUAGAAGUGGAAGUGAUAGAAGGAGACGCCAGAAACGUGCUUUGCGAUGCUGUGGACAAACACCAUGCUUCCAUAUUGGUUGUGGGAAGUCACGGUUAUGGAGCUAUAAAAAGGGCUGUGUUAGGGAGUGUGAGUGACUAUUGUGCUCAUCAUGCCCACUGCACUGUGAUGAUUGUAAAGAAGCCAAAACCCAAGCACUGAACUUUGAUAUGCGUGUCAGGCCAAGACCAAAAAAUAAAAGAACUUUGAUAUGCAUGCUUUGGCUGCCUCCAAUAAGUACUUUCAGCUAAAUAUUGAUCCUAGGGGGCUCCCAGAACAUUCAAAGUCAUGGCUGUGUUGUAUCUACUCUCGGUUGAAGAUUGAAUGUAUCGCUAUGUUUUAAGCAAUGUACCUAUAUGCUUACUGUGUGAAUGUUGGGCUGGGUUGUUUCUUGUUAUUGUUCUACCUCAUUAAGUGGAGGCUUGGAAAUCAGGUAAAUAAGUCAAUUUUAUGUUUUACAAUAAAAAAACAUUUCUCACUUCA